GUGUAUCAAAGUUAGUGUACAUCAGGUCCCUGGCAUCCACUGCGUCCAAAGGGGAUUUACGCACAGCGAAUUCAGCGAAAUGCGAAAUCACAAACAUUUACAAACACCAACUGGCCUCAAUGUUCCCAGAUUCGCAGCCAAAUCUGAAGUGGUUUCCACCUGCUCUUCCUUUCUGGGAGUUGUUCUUUCCGCAUCGCUGUACUCGAAGCCCGGGAACAUGUAGCGUUGAAUGACUUCUGGAGGGGUCGCGACUCGCCAGGUGUUACAACUAAGCUUCUUCUAUGUUCGACAAAUCCAUAGGCACCCCAUCACCAACAUGGCCAUAUGAAGAAGGUGAGGAGGCCUCCUCCUCCGUAGACGACGGCGAAGAAGAUGAAGCCAAAGCACUUGAAAUACCCAACGUAGUAGCUAUAUCCACCAACCCCCUCGCCACCCUCCUUCCACCCCUCUCCGCAUUCCUCUCCAAGGACACCCCAUCUGUCAACACCGGCGCUCUCGACAACGAUCUUCUCGUUCCUGUUCUCGACGUGGACCUUCUCGAAGCUACAUCAACUGAUGCUCCUGUUUGCGUUUACGUUCAACUUACCAGAAAGUCUCCCAAAUUGGAUUUCCCACUGAUUUGUAGCGAAAUUGGACCUGUGCAGAAUUGGAUACUCAAAAAUAUUACCUCAAGUGUUUGCAUCAGCUGAACAUUGCAAUGAACCAGGAUGGAAUUCAAUGAAGACUGAAGAUAGGGUCAUCACGACGAUAGGUUUGGACGGGUUCAUCCUGAACGUGUUCAGCCGCUCAACGUUCAUUGAGCAGGCAAACCAUCCCUUGACGACCCCUCGUAGGAUGAUUAUCUGCUACACAUGAAGGCACAUGUGAGAUGGUCGAGGCGUAUCAUGACAGGAACGGGGCACAUGGCAUAUACAGGCUCUACUACCGGUAUGAGCACCUUUCUCUUCUGUUAGA